AUGGCCGUCGGGCGCUGGGUGCUUCCUGGUGUGCCGUGGACAGAGCGUCGGAGGACUUUGUCAUUGGACGGGCGUCGCGCUCAAGACAUUGUUGCGCCUUCAAAUGCGUCAGAGAUCUCUCCGCUGUUGCGGACUCCUACUCCGCUGCUUCCAGCGUGGAGUGCGCGCGUUGCUAGGGUCGUCGUCACCACCACCAGAACAGGCGUCGCGAGCAUGUCGGUGCAGAUCCUAGAGCCGGACUUACAAUGUACGCCGCUGCCAGUGCAGGCUUUUGAGCCGGCCGCGCAAGCGCAGCACUUCGCGCCUCUGGUGCCCGCGGUGAUCAACUAA